UCCGCCGAACCGCCGCCAUUAUCUCUGCAGCGGAAGAAGGAAGGAGAAAACAGUUUGAACGGAGAGAAAUUAAGUCAAAUUUGGAUCAAUUCUGCCAUGGAGGUUCCUGGAGCCGACAGCGACUGGAGGAGCCCUCAGUUCCGACAGAAAGUCGUGGCUCAGAUUGAAGACGCCAUGAGGAAGGCCGGCUCUGGAAACACGACACACAAGUCUGGGACGGACAUGGAGAACCACGUCUUCAUCAAAGCCAAGACCAGAGAGGAGUACCUGUCCCUGGUGGCCCGGCUCAUCAUCCACUUCAGGGACAUCCAUAAGAAGGCGUUGGGAGGAGCCGAUCCCAUGAAUGCCCUGACUAACCUGACGGGGGUAGGCGGGGGCAUGGGCAUGGGGCCCCGGCCCCCAGGCACCGCGGUGGGGGGUAUGGGGGCCAUGGGGCAGAUGCAGCUAGGCCAGCAUGCCAUGGCCGGGGUGCCGGGAAACCCACAAGCCAUGGGUGCCCAGGGCCAGAUGUCGGUGCAGCAGAUGGUGCAGCAGCAGCAGCAGCAGCAACAGCAGCAGCAGCAGUCCAUGCAGUUCCAGCAGUUCCAGCAGGUGCAGCAACAGCAGGCGCAGCAGAAUGCCGCGCUGCAGCAGCAGCAGCAGCAGUUCCAGCAGCAGCAACAGCUCCGCGCUCUGCAGCACGCCCAGAACCAGCAGCUGCAGCAACAGCAGCAGCAGAACCAGAUGCAUCAGACGCGGAUGCAGCUGCAGCAACAGCUGCAGCAGCAACUGCAGAUGCAGCAGCAGCACCAGGCGCAGGCUCAAUCCAUCCAGCAGAUGGUGCAGCAGCAGCAGCAGCAGCAGCAGCAACAGCAGCAACAGCAGCAGCAGCAGGUGCAGGUCCAGACGGGUCAGAUGCCUCCUCACUCCCAGCCCGGACUCGUCCCCCAGUCUCUGCCGGGUCAGAUGCCGGCGCAGUCCAUCCCCAUCAGCUCGCUGAGCCAACAGCAGCAGCAGCAGCUCAAGAUGCAAGCCUUCCAGCAGGCUCGCGCCACGCUGCCGCUGCAGCAGGCCCAGCAGGCUGCAGCUCAGGCGCAGCUCAACGCCGCUGCAGCCGCUGCUGCCACUCCUGGACAGAUGGUCCGGCCCCCGAUGCAGAAUCUGCCCCGCGCCCCUCGGGCUCCUCUGAACACCGCCAUCCCUCCUCCAAACAGCACGGCCGGGGUCGGAGGUCAGAUGAUGACCCCACAGGUGCAGCAGCAUUCCAUGAUGUCAUCACCCUCACCUGUGCAGGUGCCCACCCCACAGAUGCUGCCCCCCCCGCCAUCCCCGCAGCCCGCCUCCUCCCAGCCCAACUCGGCCAGCUCCGGCCCCACGCCGUCUCCGGGUGGCUUCCAGCCCAGCCCCUCCCCGCAGCCGUCGCCAAGCCCGGUCACCGCCAGAACCCCCCAGCAGAACCAUGGGGUGGCCUCGCCUGGGCCCCUCAACACGCCAGGUAACCCCGGGUCAGGCAUGAGUCCGGCUGGAGCCACGUCUCUGGAGGAGCAGCAGUACAUGGAGAAGCUCAAGCAGCUGUCAAAAUACAUCGAGCCGCUACGCCGGAUGAUCAACAAGAUCGACAAGAACGAAGACAGGAAGAAGGACCUGAGCAAGAUGAAGAGUCUGCUGAACAUCCUGACUGAUCCAACCAUCAGGUGUCCUCUGAAGACGCUGCAGAAAUGCGAAAUCGCUUUGGAGAAGCUGAAGAACGACAUGGCCGUGGAUUCCCGUCUGUUUCAGCCGACGCCGCCCCCCCCUCCGGUUCCCACCAAGCAGCAGUAUCUAUGCCAGCCGCUGCUGGACGCCGUCAUGGCCAACAUCCGCUCCCCGGUCUUCAACCACUCCCUGUACCGGACCUUCGCCCCCGCCAUGAGCGCCAUCCACGAGCCGCCCAUCACGGGCCCCAACGUCAGCGGGAGGAAGAGGAAGCACGAGGAAGACGAGCGUCAGAAUCCCAACAUCCUGCAGGGGGAGGUGGCGCGCCUCGACGUGAAGUUCCUGGUCAACCUGGACCCGGCCUUCUGCAGCAACAACGGCACCGUGCACCUCAUCUGCAAGCUGGACGAUAAAAACCUGCCCAGCGUUCCUCCGCUGCAGCUCAGCGUUCCUGCAGACUACCCGGAUCAGAGUCCGCACUGGGCCGACGACGGCGACCAGUACGGCGCCAACGGCUUCCUGCAGACGGUCCACAGGAACAUGACGUCCAAACUGCUGCAGCUUCCUGACAAACACUCGGUGACGGAGCUGCUCAACACCUGGGCCCAGAGCGUCCGGCAGGCCUGCCUGUCCGCCGCCUGAAGCCCCGCCCACUGCCUGAAGCCCCGCCCACUCAGCCGCCACAGUAUCUCACUACAUUCAGGUCCGGUUCAAACCUUACCGGAUUAAAUGAAUUGCUGCUCACCUGGUUACCUGGCGACCGAUCAGCCACCAGCCCUGAAUGCGUCACACUUUAGUUUUUCUCUCAGACGUUUGAAACCCGGCAACAAAUAAAGAUUUAUCCGCUGUUUUUAUAAAUAAAAUCCAUUUCAUUAUGAA